AUGGCAGGUUUGGAUUUUGUUGCUGCUCUUAAGCCUUUCAAAUCCAUGUGGAAAAUCAGGGUCAAAGUUAUCCGUUUAUGGAGGCAAUACUCUGCUGCUGUAGGGGAGACCAUUGAAAUGGUGCUGGUGGAUUCUAAGGGAGAUAUGAUUCAUGGAACCGUGAAGAAGGAACUGGUCACCCAGUUUGAGUCUGCCCUCCGUGAAAAUGUAUCAAAACUGAUUGUCAAUUUUACCGUCACAUACGCAUGUGGAUCAUACCGCACAACCAACCAUCCAUACCGUAUUGUGUUCCUCCCGACAACAAGGUUAAGACCCUGUGAUGUUUUGCCAACCAACUUGAAUGGUUUCAAACCAGUCAGUUAUGGAUCUAUCAUGGAUGGUACUCAAAAUGCCGACUACUUGGUUGAUGUCAUAGGACAGAUUGUUGAAGUCUCUCAUCUUGAAGUUCUUUCGGUCAAUGGGAAGGAUACCCAGAAGUUGUCUUUGGAACUGAGGAACCAAGAUGAUGAUCGUCUUCCGUUGGUGUUGUGGGGUAAGUUUGCAACUGACGUGGAUAACGCCAUUCAACUGCGACGUGAAAAUCAAAAAGUACUGGUUCUCAGAUUCGGGAAGAUCAAAGUGUGGAAAGAUGAACGUUCUGUGUCAAAUGCUUACAAUGUUUCUGAUGUUGCUGUUAAUCCUAACAUGGACGAGGUUGAUGAGUUUCUUACACUGUUGCCUAAGGAUGACAUGGCUUUGGCAAUUGUUAGCCCAAAGCAUCUUGCCUCUGUUAAAGGUGUUUCUGAUAAGGAUGAUUUUUUCAUCCAUACCCCUAAGAUGACUAUUGCUGAGGUGUUGACAGUAAGACAGGUGCAGAAGUGUAUUGUGAUGUGCACUAUAGGUGGGAUUGAUUCUGAUAUGGGUUGGUUCUAUCUUAGCUGCAAAGUGUGUUCCAAAAAGGUUCUCACUGUCCCCAAUGAUUCUAUUGAUGAUGGCCUGGACGAAGAUCUUUUCAAGCACAAUUACUUUUGUGUGAAAUGUAACCAGCAUAACCCCAAAAUCUUGCCAAGGUACAAGAUCCAUGCUGUGGUCCUUGACAACACAAGCAAUACCAAGUUUCUGCUAUUUGAUAAUCUUGCACUCCAGCUCUUACAACAACCAUGCAUUGAGCUUACUGGACCAAAUCCAGAUGAGAUGGAAGAACCUUACCUUCUACCUCCACCUAUCAACAAUUUGGUUGGUAAAACCUUUCUUUUCAAGAUUGGUAUUGAGCGUGAGAACUAUUUAUACAAGCACGAAAUUUACAAGGUUUUGAAGAUCAUAUCAGACACACAGAUGAUAACCGAGUUCGUGGGUGCUACUACUCCAACGGGGAGUGACAGCUCCACUGCAAUCGAGAACUCCUUGGUUUCUGAUGCCCCAGAGGGAUCAUUGAUGCUGCUGGGCUCUUCAUCGGAGCAAUCUGUAUCAAAGAAUCGAACACCUGCCAAACGUGUUGGGGCACUGAUUACGAAUCUGGAGGAAACAUUUGAUCAGAACUCAGUGACGCGCACGACAUGUCCCGUGAAGAUCAAGAAAGAAAAGAUCGAAGAAAGUGGCUAA